UUUCAUGACAAAGCUUGCAUGAGGAAGCUGCCACAGGAAACCUCACUCUUGCUGAAUUUGUUGAAAUAAGUUUGACCAGUUCCUGUUUUGUACAACUAUCCCUUUGUGAAAGUACGUUGCGGCAAAGCGUGAUGUUUUGACAGUUGAACGCCUACGCCUUAGUUUCACCAUAUGCCUUAUCUUUUAAGGAGUUGUUUCCGUACUCACAAGGGGUGGCGCCCUGAGAUAUGCUACGUAAGAGCUGACUAUAUAAUAAAGAACAAGCUGAUGCCCCGGCACGAAUCCUCCGUGACUCGUCUCAUACACGUCACUGUGUGAGGCUGUGUUGGGGCAUUCGUCCAUGUACAUGCAAUAUCACUGAGUCUGUGUUUCUUGCCUCCUGAGUUUUCUCUUAACAUAUACAUACACACUUCGUUUUUGCUGAGUAACAGGAGCAGAAGAGUCUGUUGGAGCAGCAGAGGAACAAUUUCAGCCAUUUGGACUCAGCUCAGCCACUACAGUGGAAAAAAUGUCUUCAACACAAAAGGACCAACAUGGACCAAGAAGUCAGCACUCUCAGGAGGCCGACAAACCUCACAGAAGAAGGGGAGAGAAAACGUACAGCUGUGACUUGUGUGGAAAGUCUUUUGCCCGGGCUGGAGGCUUAAAAAAGCACCAACUCAUCCACAGUGGAUUUAAACCUUACAGCUGUGACUUGUGUGGAAAGUCUUUUGCCCGGGCUGGAGGCUUAAAAAAGCACCAACUCAUCCACAGUGGAGUUAAACCUUACAGCUGUGACUUGUGUGGAAAAUCGUUUGUGCAGGCUGGAAACUUAAAAACACACCAACUCAUCCACAGUGGAUUUAAACCUUACAGCUGUGACUUGUGUGGAAAGUCUUUUACUCAGGCUGGAGCCUUAAAAACACACCAACUCAUCCACAGUGGAGUUAAACCAUACAGCUGUGACUUGUGUGGAAAGUCUUUUGCCCGAACUGGAGGCUUAAAAAAACACCAAAUCAUCCACAGUGGAGUUAAACUUUACAGCUGUGACUUGUGUGGAAAGCCUUUUACCCAUGCUCAAAGCUUAAAAAGACACCAACUCAUCCACAGUGGAGUUAAUGCGUACAGCUGUGACUUGUGUGGAAAGCCUUUUGCCCGGGCUGGAGCCUUAAAAAAACACCAACUCAUCCACAGUGGAGUUAAACCUUACAGCUGUGACUUGUGUGGAAAGCCUUUCACCCAUGCUCAAAGCUUAAAAAGACACCAACUCAUCCACAGUGGAGUUAAUGCGUACAGCUGUGACUUGUGUGGAAAGUCUUUUGCCCGGGCUGGAGCCUUAAAAAAACACCAACUCAUCCACAGUGGAGUUAAACCUUACAGCUGUGACUUGUGUGGAAAGCCUUUUACCCAUGCUCAAAGCUUAAAAAGACACCAACUCAUCCACAGUGGAGUUAAACCUUACAGCUGUGACUUGUGUGGAAAGUCUUUUGCCCGGGCUGGAGGCUUAAAAAAGCACCAACUCAUCCACAGUGGAGUUAAACCUUACAGCUGUGAGUUGUGUGGAAAGUCUUUUUCCCGGGCUGGAGCCUUAAAAAUACACCAACUCAUCCACAGUGGAGUUAAACCUUACAGCUGUGACUUGUGUGGACAGUCUUUUGCCCGGGCUGGAGGCUUAAAAAAGCACCAACUCAUCCACAGUGGAGUUAAACCUUACAGCUGUGACUUGUGUGGAAAGUGGUUUACCCAGGCAGAAAACUUAAAAACACACCAACUCAUUCACAGUGGAUUUAAACCUUACAACUGUGACUUGUGUGGAAAGUCUUUUACCCAGGCUGGAGCCUUAAAAACACACCAACUCAUCCACAGUGGAGUUAAACCUUACAGCUGUGACUUGUGUGGAAAGUCUUUUACCCUUGCUCAAAACUUAAAAACACACCAACUCAUUCACAGUGGAUUUAAACCUUACAGCUGUGACUUGUGUGGAAAGUCUUUUACUCAGGCUGGAGCCUUAAAAACACACCAACUCAUCCACAGUGGAGUUAAAGCGUACAGCUGUGACUUGUGUGGAAAGUCUUUUACCCUUGCUCAAAGCUUAAAAAAGCACCAACUCAUCCACAGUGGAGUUUAAGCACACUACUGUGACUUGUGUGGUAAAGCUUUUGCUCAAAGUCGAAACUUACAGAAGCAUCUAGUUACCCACUCUGGAAUUAAGGCGUACAGCUGCGAUUUUUGUGGAAAAAGGUUCAGUGACAAACAGUACCAAAAUAUUCACCUACGGAUUCACACUGGAAAUUAUGUUUCCUGCUGUGAUCAGUGUGGGAAACUGUUUACAACAGAUGCACAGUUACAACGACACAUGUUUAGCCACUCUGAGGAGAGACCUUACAAAAGUGACCUGUGUGAAAAGACUUUUAAAGUUCCACAUCACCUGAAAAAAACACCAACAGAUCCACACCAGAAAUUAACUCUACAAGUGCAGUUUCUGUGAGGAUGUAUUGAUUUUUUAUCUUGUAAUUUUAACCUGAUUUUUUGGAACAAGUUUGAUCAGUAAACUUAUGGAGUUAUACUGAAUGAACAGUUUGGAAAAAUGAAGAGUAAUUUUCGCUCGGUAAGCUGAGUGUUAUAAUGUAAACAGUAAAACGUAGUUGGACAUUGGCACAGAUCACUUACGCUGUCAUUGUUUAGAAGCAGAGCAACACAGAUGGAUCCAGUUCUCAACCCUGUCGUCACUGUGGUGGUGGGAAAACGUUUCUCUGUGACCUUUGUGGAAAAACCUCCAAUCAUCAACGGGACCUUAAACCACGUCAACAUAGACACACUGGAGACAAAAUGAACUACUGCAAAGAAUGUGGGAGAGGCUUCCACACACCAAGUACAUUAAAAAUACAUGAACUCUUCCACAGUGGGGUCAAAAAGCACAUCUGUGACCAGUGUGGGUCAUCCUUCACCACUGCACGUGAGCUUAACGAACAAGAAUUAGCAAAUCCACACAGGAGAGACACCAUACAAGUGCAGACACUGUGACAAAAACUUCUCACAAUCAGGUCAUCGUAACAAACAUGAUUGUACUCACAUGGAAGUGAACUUCAGCUCUGACCAGUGUGACAAGAGCUUCAGGAAUCUCAGUUCAUACUCCAAACACAAACGAUUCCACGCUGUAAAUAAACUGUUUCACUGUUACCAAACUGAUAUUGUAUCAAAAUUACUGAUAUGGAUAUAUAUCAAUUUCUUUCAUUUGAACUUUCUUAGUUUUUCCAAAAUUAACUUCUUUUUUUUAAAUGUAUUCAUUUUAAAGAAAUGUUAAACGUUAAAAACAGCAGCACACAUAAGGACCCUUUUGUUAAUUCAAAUUCUAUUAAACAUGUAUUUUUGGCUCCUCCUUAUGUUAAAGCAUUAGUUACAUUUGAUGAACUCUGUGUAAAGUUUGUCUUAUUAAACAGUUUGGUGUGAAAAAUAAAGAAAUGGUCUCAGAACAAGAAGUUUGAGCCCUGAUUUCAGAUUCAAACUAAUUUAACUGUUUUCGGUGGUACAUGUGGAGCUUUAUCAGAGGAGGAGACUUGGCUGUUCUCCACUCACACUGAACACAGUUCCUGCAGCUCAUUAAAAACUGAAAUGAUCUUCAAGGGACAAAAAGGUCAUAAAAUAUUUGAUUUUUCUCAAA